AUGGGAAAUCUAACAGCAGGACAAUUGCAGCAGGAGAAAUUAGAUCAAGGGGGGCGACUGAAGGCAUUAGCAAACAGGAGACAGCUGGUAAAGCUGCAGGACCAACUAGUCACACCACAACCUAAGUUACCAGUCCCGGAUCCAUCAGUUCAUCCUCCUUCAUAUGAAAAUGUAAGUAAUAUGUUGAAAGUUCUCCAGCAGAAGUCGCUAAGGGAUGAGGAGCAUUCAAAUGCUACUAAACAGGUAACUACACCUAAGGAGUUGCAUCACCACAAUGACCCUGACAGCUGGACUGGCAGACCUAUGGGUAUGCAUGCAGAUCCAGGGACGCCUGGUGAAGGUAACCUUCAGCCUUACCUCCUGUUUAGAGAAAAGGGAGUUGUAGCAACCUGUAGUAUCUCCCAGCGCUGCUGCUUGCACGGACUCAGGAACGGCGGUUACUCAUUGCACAAGAUUCAGGUUAUAUCAGGCACAGUCAUAGACAGCGUCUCUGGUUUGCCUCGCUUGCAGGUCUUUGGACUGUGGGAGGAAACUGGAGCACCCGGGAGAAACCCACACAACAUGCGGACUCCGCGGAGGAGGGACCCGGGAGGGAUAUCAUCUGUGCUUCGUCGUUUAAAUGUUGGUGCCGCUGCGGAAGCAGCUGUAGCAGUCCCGAAUGCCAGUAGUUCAGGUGUAGAACCCCAGACUCCGGCAUUAGAGCCCUCACAGCGGGGCGACUGGGUGACGUCUCGGCGACAUAGUCGUAGGGCAAAGCACCGACCAUCUCAGUUGCACGUGUCCAACAGGUUUUCCCCACUCAGUGAGCCACCCGCUGAGAAGCCUGUUAAUGUAAGUGCUCUGGUUAUAGGAGAUUCUCAGCUCCGACACGUGCGUAUUGCGACCCCCAUAGAGACACCAGCAACCAUAGUCACUUGUAUUCCGGGGGCCAGGGCGCCUGACAUCAGAGCAAAUCUGAAAGUGCUGGCUAAUGCUAAUCAUAGAUUUUCUAAGAUUGUUAUCCACGUCGGCACUAAUGAUGUUCGUUUACGGCAGUCUGAGGUUACUAAGUGUAAUGUUAAAGAGGUGUGUGAGUUAGCUAGGUCGAUGUCUGAGGCAGUAGUGUGCUCUGGCCCCUUACCGAUUCCACCCAGUGGCGAAACCUACAGCAGGUUGUUGUCGCUGAACCGCUGGAUGUCUAAAUGGUGCUCAGAAAACUGCAUUGAUUUUGUAGAUAACUGGUCCACCUUUGAGGGAAGGCCUGGUCUUUUGAAGCGGGAUGGUGUCCACCCCACGUGGGAGGGUGCUGCUCGC